AUGACCGGAGGAAAGGCGGUUCAAGUGGUGUUCGCCGCCAACAAUAGCGCAUAUAGAAAGCGCAAAAGAGCACACCGCGCAUGUGAACAGUGCAAGAGCAGACGGAGAAAGUGUCCUCCACCAUUCGAAAAUCACGAGCGUUGUGCAAGCUGUGCUCAGGACGGCAUUCAUCUGGCUUUGAUUGAUUCCGAGGCUCCACAAACUACUACAUGGCCAUCAGACGAACCCCGCAACGACAACGAAGAUCCUGCCGAACAGAAUACAAUCACUGAUAAGAAUCCACGGUUUAUCGGUGAUCUUAAUCCAGAAUCCGUAUUCUUGACGGCCAACGAUAUUGAUUCCGCUUCGAGGUCUGAGGUCGCAACUGACCGCAACGAGGUGGGCGUUUGGGUCUCACAAUCACCUGAACCCCUGCUCAGGCACAAAGGAUUGAAGCGGCGUUUUCAAGACCAAGAGAGCUCUAAAAAACCUACCGCCGUAGCUCCAGCUGCGGAAUGUGGACCUGAAAAGCACUUGGAAGCAUAUCUUUCUUCGUUAAGCGCCUAUGCACUUCCGACUCGGUCCUGUAUGGAAAUACUGCUCGGGCUGUAUUAUAGUUCAAUUCAUCCUUUAUUCCCGAUAAUCGAUGAUGCGACUUGUGUGUUGUUUAGAACCCCGGACAAGAUUCCGACUGUGUUACUACAAAGUAUACUACUUGUUGCCUCUCGACACGCUGAUGCGGUAGCGCAUUUGCGCUUAUCGGCGUCCGGUGAACUUCUGAAACCUUCCGAAUUUUCACUGCGUCUUGAAACACGCAUCAAAGCAUUGCUAUACGCAGAUGAUGAGCGUGAUCGUAUGAACCUCGUGCGUGUAUAUGCACUAUUAUCCCUGGGCGGAGGAAACGAAUCGAGCCGUAACUUAGCUAUGGCGAUCCAUCAUGCACACUCACUAGGUCUACAUAUCAGGAAUUCCAGAGCUGAGGAGUUAUGGUGGUGUCUAUGGACGUUGGAUAAACUUCAGGCUGCCAUGAACGGGAGGCCUAUCUUAGUGAAACUGGAAGACGUAAGCAUUGAUCGGCCCACCAAACUUAAGGGUGGAAGGGGGGCAGGAUUCCGUAUUAUGGUUAAGCUCGCCGAGCUUCUGGAGUCAGUCAUCGCCCUGUAUCGCCCUGGGAAUGAGAGGGAUUGGGAACACCCGUUUCCAGAAUUUGAGACUCAUUUACAAGAUGAGGAAGUGCCGGAAGGAGGCCAACUAGUUAUUCUCAAAUUAUUUUACUACGCCAUCUCUAUACUCUCUCACCGCACACGUACUCAAAAUCAAACUCACAGUCAUUCGUACACUCGUCGUCUAAAUGCCGCAAGGAACGUUAUACAAAUUUUCGGCGAAAGUAAAGGACCACUCCCACCGACCCCCAUAUUGCCUUAUGCACUAUCGCUUGCCUUAACAACCUUUUAUGCACAAGUACGUGAAGGUCACGGUAAAUGUAUUUCAGAAUAUACCUAUUGUAUUGAAAAACUUACAUACUACGGCGAAUGGUGGUGGGUCGCGGGUGCAAUGGCAAAAUUGGGUAUUCGUGCGAUCAACAGUUCAGGGCAAAGAAGAGCAGUGGAAGAAAAAGAAUGUGCUGCAGUGCUAUCAAGCUUGAAGAGUACUGGAGACGACCCAAAGAACGCAUAUAGCGGUGCCCCCCGAGAAAGGAUAGCUGCGCACAAAGCUAUUGCAUCAGGGCCCGCAAGAUCAUCGCCGCCUUCGACAUCGCCGCUAUCGACAUCGCCAGCAUCAACCCCACCUGGAUCGAAGCGUCGAAUCAUAUAUUCUGCAACGCCACCGUUACUAUCAAUGUCCCCGAUUGCCGAGAACGUACAGAUUACGCCGUAUACAACAACCUAUGACCAGGGCCUGUCCAUGGGGCCGCCAAUAAUGCCCCUACGUCCUUAUGUGGCGUCUAAUUCUCAAUUCUAUGAUGCCGAAGGGUUUCACGGCGUAGAUAUAUUUCUACUCGAUCAAUUCUCAAACCCAGGUAAUCCAUUGGAUUUUGGCGGUUUUGACCUAGAUUCAGGUACCUGGUUGGGCAACAACGAUGGACUUCAGCCGUCAAAUUAUGGCCUUGAGGAGGGUUGGAAUAAUCGAAAUGAUGGGCCGCCACCACCGUGGUCUGGGGGAUGA